UUUCCUCUUCAACAAUCAUUGGUCAUUGGGCGAAUUAUCCUAUUCAACACUCAUUGCCUUCCAUCUUUCUCUCUCCUUCGAUUCCUGCGACACAUUCCGUUCUCCACUUUUUCUCUCGCACCUUCCUUCCACAACCUUCACCUCAUCGCGUUCAUACAUCACUUUCAAUCUUGCCAAGGUACUUCCUUUUCCUCGCCCCAGAUUUUGUAUUUGCGUCACAAACGUUUCCCCAACUGGGUUUUCCACGAGCUGCUUUGACGGGCCAAACGUUAUCGAAAUUGAUGGUGUGAUGGGUCUCUAGUAAGGGAAUAGUUUGAAUUGAAGAGCUUGGCGUUGGUGGAUGAUUGGUUGUGGGGGACUGUUUGGGGUUCUUAUGAAGAGUUCUGGAACUACUGAGUUGAAUGCUUUCUACCCCAUUAGACCAGAAUGCCAAGCAGAUGUUCCCGCCCCUCGUUUUAAACCAAGGGCUGGCAAAACUCUAAGUCAAAGAAGAUGGCUAGCAUCAUUCUCUGCAGAUGGUCACUUGGAUAUUGCAAAAGUCCUACGACGAAUUCAGCGAGGGGGUGUCCAUCCUUCAAUCAAAGGGGAAGUGUGGGAGUUCUUGCUAGGUUGCUAUGAUCCUAAUAGUUCACUUGAAGAACGGAAUGAGCUCAAGCAACGCAGGAGGGGGCAGUAUGAUAUGUGGAAAGCUGAAUGUCAAAGGAUGGUCCCAGUCAUUGGUUCUGGAAAAUUUAUUACUACACCCCUCAUUGAUGACGAUGGUCAGAUAAUAGAUCCUUCUUUGGUAACUGUCCAGACUUUAGACAAGAAAGUUUUGCAGUGGUUGCAGUUAUUACAUCAGAUCGGCCUGGAUGUUGUUCGAACAGAUCGGGCACUUGUCUUUUAUGAGAGUGAAGAUAAUCAAGCAAAACUUUGGGAUGUGCUAUCAGUUUAUGCUUGGUUGGACAAUGAUAUUGGUUAUGUACAAGGAAUGAAUGAUAUUUGCUCACCUAUAAUUAUUCUUAUUGAGAAUGAAGCAGAUUGCUACUGGUGCUUUGACCGUGCAAUGCGAAGGAUGAGAGAGAACUUCAGGUGCAGUGCAAGUUCAAUGGGGGUCCAAUCUCAGUUAGCUACACUCUCACAGAUAAUAAAAACAGUUGAUCCUAAGCUUCAUCAUCACCUUGAGGAUUUAGAUGGAGGAGAGUAUCUCUUUGCAUUUCGCAUGCUUAUGGUUCUUUUCCGAAGAGAAUUUUCUUUUGCAGAUACUUUAUACCUUUGGGAGUUGAUGUGGGGCAUGGAAUACAACCCAAAUAUCUUCAUAAAUUAUGAGGAUCCAGAUUCUAAAACAAAAGAUCCCUCACCAGCAAACGACAAAGUUUUGAAGCAAUAUGGAAAAUUUGAGAGAAAAAAUGUGAAGACUGGCCAUACAGAGGAACAUAGUGCACUGGCUGUUUUUCUUGUUGCAAGCGUUCUUGAGAUCAAGAAUAGACGGAUUUUGAACGAAGCCAAGGGUGUUGAUGACGUUGUCAAGAUCUUAGGUGACAUCACCUCAAAUCUUGAUGCUAAAAAGGCAUGCACUGAAGCACUGAAAAUUCAGAAAAAAUACCUGAGCAAGGCCAAGAAGUGAUGACAGAGAUAAGAAUAGAUCAUCAUCAUGCAACUAUAUGAUGGUUUCUAUGGUUACACGAUCUUCUGAGGUUUUACUUGCUCUUCACAGACCAUUAUUUUCUUUCAUUUUUUUCUUCUCUCAGUGGUGGCAUGCAAGUUCCCUGCUUUGCCCAUUUCUAAUCAUAUGCUUUGAAAAUGUUGCAAGGUAUAGAGAACAAGAAAACCUCAACUUUAGAUACAAAAUUCAUUUAUUUGGUUUAUUUGUUGAAAUGAAGUUUGAAUUUAGGAUAUGAUGUAAAUUAUUUAAAUUCUCUACAGCUAGGUCAAUUUUAGUGAGUUGUAUAUUAUAAUUUUGUUUUUGUUAAA